UUCAAAGGAACCGAGGUCUCUGCCUGUGUUUGUUAUUUUCACCGACUCCUCACCCCUUUUUCAAGGGCCCCCAACUCAACUGGAGCUGGUCUCUGGCAAAUGCCCUCUUUAGGGGUCAGAGGUUAAUCAUCUAUGCCCAGUUGACUGGGAUGAUGCUGCCAGCAGAGGCAGCAGGAGCAGUAUGCCUCCAGCACACACUCCAGGGCAAGAGUUUCAAGGAUAAGGUGAUGUUUUCUGUAAAACCCAAGUCCGAUAGCAACCUUACAAUUCACCACCUUGCUGCUAAGUCCUUGCUCCAGGACAAGGACAUGGGCUUCAGAGAGACGCCAGCAAGUGCUAAAAAAGAUGUGUUGAACAUCAGCCUUGAGUCUGGAGUCGUAAGCUCCUACACAGCUUUCAUUGCCAUGAACAAAGAGCUCAACAUACCAGUUCAGGGUCCCCUGGCUCGUAGGGACAUUCCAAGGCCAGUUCUGUUGGGAGCUACUGCUAUGAUGCCAAAAUACUGUGGAGGUGGUGGGCUUCAUCCAAUCAACUGAAGGCCUGAGUAGAACAGAAGACUGACCCCCCCUGAGCAAGAGGGAAUUCUGCAACAGACGGCCUUCAGACCUGAACUGCAGCUCUCCUGGGUCUCCAGCCUGUCGGCCCAUCCUGCAGAUUCGGGACAUGCCACGCUCCCUAAUUAUGUGAGCCAUCUCCUUGUAAUAAAUCUCUUUUACAUACA